AGAACAUUCCCGAAAAAGAGUAAAGAAGAGAGACGAAGAAGCCCUAGCGUGUUUGUCUUCUCCCUCUCUGGUCCUUUGCUUACGUUUUCAGGAGGCUUGCUUUACUCUCUUCUUGGGCUAAUCUUAUACGCAUCAGAUGCACUUUUGGUUGUACUCAUACCAAAAUGCAGAUUUUUAGCAGCUUUUUGAAUCGAAAUGGACUGCAAGAAGUUCAUGGAGAUGGUGGAGGAGAAGAAACGACAAAUUCUUGAGAAGAAGGAAGCUCAUUUGAAAUGGGAGCAGAAGCUUGAGGCGGCUGUCAAAGCUGCUGAAACCAAAGAAAAGAGGUCAAAAAGGCGAAGAAGACAGAGGAGUGGGUCUGAAUCUAGCUCUGAAAGUGAUAGUGACACUGAGGUGAGAAGAAGGUCGAGGAGAAGUCACAGGAAGCACCGGAGGCAUGUACACUCUGAUUCAGAUGAUAGUGAUAGGAGGAAAGAUAGGAGAUCUAGGGGGCAUAGGAGGAGGUCCUCAAGUCCAAGCGAUGAUAGCAGUGAUGAGUAUGAGAGUGGGUCAGAUGAUGAGCAUAAGAUAAGGCACCACCGGAGGCACAAGUCGCAUAGCUCAAGACAGGCUUCUGAUGAUGACAGUUCUGACGAUUUAAGAAGAAGACAUGCUAAGAAGCAUCAUAGGCAUGGUGAGGCGGUUACUUCAAGUGAUAGCGAGGAAGAGAGAGGAAAAAGAAGACAUAGGAAAAAUCACAGGCACAACAGAGGUUCAACUGCCUCCAGUGACUCGGACUCAGAGGUUAGACGGAAGAAUAGAAAGAGAAGGGAACAUAAAAGGUACCGUUGGGCAGAGUCUUCAAGUGAGGAUGAUGGAGAGACGCGAAGGAGAAGGCAUCAUAACCAUGAUAGAGAGCCAGCAUCUGAAACUGAUGGAAGGGUGUCUGAAGAGAAUAGAGAGUACGCAACCUAGACAAGAAAAUGUGGACGGCGUUAGAAAGUGCAGUUGUUUAAUUCACACUUGCAACCCAUUAGCACACAAACUCUUAAUCAUUGUGUUGAAUUACUUGUGGCACUCUCCAUGUUUAUUUUCAUUUUACAUCAUUCAUUAAGAACCAAUCCGAUGUUUAUGCUGUCUUCUAACGCAUUUGCGCUGAGUCGUUUUGUAUUGAAGUUGUUUCAAGAGAAGAUUACAUAUUUUAAGUUGCAGAUCAUGUUCAUGGUUGGUCAUCUCGAUCAAUCUCCCUGUCUCCAUAUCUUUAUCUUGC